AUGGGUUCAACAAAUCGCAAAACAACUCUUCCAAUGCGGCCCUCAGCGCCGGUCCCUGAGAACGAAGACUCAGACCCAACUUCCUCCUCCGGCUCCUCAUCCUCAGAAAGCGACAGCGAAGACUCAGAAGAUGAGAACGAGUCCAUUCACCACGAACCCAAGGCUACACCUGCGAACACAUCAUCAAUACCUAAUAUCUCUGGUCGUCCCAAGCCGCAAAUACAUAGGAUUCAGGGGAACUCAGAAUUGCUGGCGCGGUUGUCUGCGUUUCUGCCGCAGAUGAAGAGUGCGAAUGAAGAGUUGGAGAAGGAUAUUGCUGCCGGAAAGGACGUUGUUAUGGAUGAUGAGGAUGAGAAUAAGGAUUACAUUGAGAUGAAUCUUGGACUAGGAGUUUUGGAGGAAAAGCGUGACAAUGGGGAUGCUAGCGGUGAUGGGGCUGAGGAUGAGGCUAUGGGUGGGAUGGAGUUUGAUAAGAAGGCUAAGGCUGGCUUUGAUGAUGAUAUUUUAGAGAAAUUGAUGGGGGGGAAGGAUUUAGAUGCUGAUAAGCCAUCUAUUGAGGAGCUUGGUCAGUAG